AUGCAGCUUUUUGCUCUUCUCAUCGCCACAUGCGCUCCGGCUCUGGUCGCUGCUGGUCGCCAACCAGGUGAAGUCUGUGGCCCCUACCCUGGCGGUUUCUGUGAAGAAGGCCUCCAAUGUGCCACAUGCCAACGUGGCAUUCCAGGCGCCCCCGGAGUGUGUGCUUUCCGUGACCCAUGGAACCGCGAUGAUGAUGUCUGGCGCCGGUGGUAG